AUGCCGAAAGCUGACGUUGGAAGCCACAAAUGGUUGGCCAAUAAAAUGAAGUCCAAGGGACUUCAAAAGCUAAAAUGGUACUGCCAGAUGUGUGAAAAGCAAUGUAGAGAUGAAAAUGGGUUCAAAUGCCAUCGUUUGUCAGAGGGACAUCAGAGGCAGAUGCAAGUAUUUUGCCAAAAUUCUGGGCGUUUCUUGGACAGAUUUUCUAAAACGUUUGAAAAUGAGUUCAUGAAGCUCAUGCGUACGAGAUACUGCAAAACAAAAAUUUUGGCUAAUACUGUUUACCAAGAGUUGAUUUCCGACAAAGAGCAUGUUCAUAUGAACGCCACAUACUGGGUUACACUUUCAGAAUUUGUGCUGUACCUAGGAAGAAGCGGUAAAUGUAAAGUAGAAAGUACUCCCAAGGGUUGGUACUUGGAAUAUAUUGAUGUUGACAAGAUAAGACGUCAGCAAGAUGAGGAAUCCCGUAAGAAGCGGGAAAUAACACUUGAACAACGUCACCAGCGACUAAUUGAGCAGUUGAUCCAGGAAGCAAAAGAACGUGGAGGAUAUCAAGAACCUGAAUAUACUCCACUGGUAAAGACCAGUGACGAAAAGAUUCGUAUAGACACUAAUUUGUCUACUUCCGAUACCCAGGUGAACAAACACUCAAAUGUGUUCAAGAGUUUUUACAAGGCAUCAAAAUUAUCGCAAUCAGAUAAAGAAAUCCGUAGUGAUUUAAAUAGCAGUGAAAAUGGGAAAAAACGGAAGAGUGCGCUGGAAUCCAUAAUUGAAGCCACUCGCUCCAAGAGAGCAAAGCAACUGGACCCUGCACCUAGCAAUGAGGAGCAUGCUUCCUGUGAAUCUGAAAAUCCGGAUAAAGGGUGGCUUUGUGAAGGAAUAUUGGUCAAGAUUAUUUUAAAAUCUCAUCCUUCAUACAAGAAAAAAUGCAAAGUUUUAAAAGUUUCUUACGGGUAUGUAUUCUUGCAAACUGAAAUAUUGCUAAACAGAAAAAUUGGGAUUCUAGAAAACCCAGACGACCUUACCAAGUUUGAAAUCGAGGACAAAUACAUAGAAACAGUGAUUCCCCCUGUAAAUUCACCUGUAAAGAUGUUAAGGGGUGAACACAAGGGAGCAAUUGGAAUUUUAAAAUCGACUAAACCUGCUGAAUUAGUUGCUUCGAUAUCCAUUAAAGGAAAGCAUUUUGAUAAUAUAUCAUAUGAUGACUUUAGUCAGUACAUUUAUUAA